AUUAGCAAGAUUGUAUAACAUAAUAUUAAUAAGUUCGAUUAUAUAUACAACAAAAUCAGAUGAUAGUUAUGAUAGAAAUAGGCCUAUCAUAAGUGUGCAACAGGGCAAAUUGCAAGGAGUUAAAGAAAAAAAUAUCAAUGGAAGGACUUAUUUUUACGCUUUUCGUGGAAUCCCGUAUGCUAAACCACCUGUUCAGGAACUAAGAUUCAAGAAACCCGAACCAGCAGAAGUUUGGCCUGGUAUACGAGAUGCUAAAAAUUUUGGUAACGUCUGUGCACAAAAGAACUCUUCCACACACAAAAUAGUAGGAAGUGAUGAUUGCCUAUAUUUGAAUGUCUAUACAACUGAUUUGAAUCCCUGUGAAUCACGUGCUGUUAUGUUCUGGAUACACGGUGGUGGUUUUUCUUAUGGUUCUGGAAAUGAUGACCGGUCAGGUCCUGAUUAUCUUGUGCAGAAAAAUAUUGUUCUAGUAACGAUAAAUUACCGUCUCAAUAUAUUCGGUUUUCUUAAUUUGGACGAUAAAGAGGCAGCCGGUAAUCAGGGACUAAAAGAUCAAGUAAUGGCUUUAAAAUGGGUACAACAGAAUAUUGAUAAAUUUGGUGGUGAUCCCAAUCGUGUUACAAUUUUUGGUGAAAGUGCUGGAGCUUCUUCGGUCCAUUAUUUGACUCUGUCUCCUCUAGCUCAAGGACUCUUUAAUAAAGCCAUUCUACAAAGCGGGGUGGCGACAAACCCAUGGGCAAGACAAUCACAUUCCAUGAAAGUACCAACUGAACAAGUGGCAAAGAAUUUGGGCAAAACAAUCACUGACUCAAAAAUACUUAUUGAGUUUUUACGAAGCGUUGAUCCCCAUAGUUUAACCCAGGCAGUACAGUCAUUAAGCAAUGGUCAGAAUAGCUACGUUCAUACGAAUGAAUUCGUACCAUCAGUUGAUUUAAAAUCAGAAAAUCCCUUCUUAAAUAUUCCGAUCAUUGAAGCCGCUAAAUCUGGGAUCAAAGUACCUCAUAUUAUUGGUUACAAUGGAAAUGAAGCUAUUAUUAUUCUUGCAGGACUAAAGGACAAAGACUAUGCUGAAAUAGAAGCUAAUCAAGACACACAACUAAUAGAAGCAAAUGAAAUACAAUUUUUACAGGAGCGAAAUAUAUCAGUGGCUGAUUUUAAGGAAUUUUUCAUGGAUGAUAAUGAGAUUAGUCGAGAAAAUGCUAAACAAUUCGUAGAAUUAGUAAGCGCUGCAUCUUUCACAGCUAAUAUUUAUGAUAUAGUAGAUAUUCAAUCUUCAAUACCUGAUAUACCGACAUACUUUUAUAAAUUUGAUCACUACUCAAAAAAAACUGCAGUAGUUCAAAAGUUAUUCAACACAGAUUUAGAAGGUACGUCGCUCACUGAAGAUUUAUAUUAUAUUUUUAAUGCAAAAAUUUUGGACACCCGUGGCAUUAAACGACCGGCAUGUUAUCCAAUCGAGCGCAUCAUUCAAAGGAGAUUCUUAGAAUUAUGGACUAAUUUUGCUAAGACUGGGAAUCCAAAUUGUAAAUUAUCAGAAUUGAUCCCUAUCGAAUGGCUGCCUGUUAAUAGUUCUGAUAAUUACAAUUGUUUGGAAAUAUCUGAGAACCUUCGUCUCAUUAAACAACCAAACAUCUUGCAUCAGAUAGAAAAGUUUGCACAAAAUAAUAAUUAACUAAUGUUAUAAGAAUAUAUAUGAAAUACUUUAUCGCUUUAUAAAGACAUUAUCAAAAUAACCUGCAGUAAUUUUU